UUGGACCUCCCCGCCCCACGGCCUCCUCAUAAUAAUUUUGUGUGGCGUGUGUCUGGACUUAAACCCGGCAGCGGAGGUGGCCGUGACCACGGGAGCGCGCACAGCCACUCCGUAUUUCCACAGGCGUCCGACUACAUGCCGUCACUCCACGCGGUGAUGCCAACUGAAGAACUACAACCCGAGGAGUUGCUUCGAUGGUCGAGGGUCGUGCAGGUGCAUCUCCAGCGCGCGCUGCUAUAAAGUUUGAACAGCCAUACAAGGCAAGUCAAAGCAAACGGAGAUAUUUUAAAGAAAGUUCAAGAAACGGUUACUGGGGGGAACCAAAUGCGAUGAUGCUCUAAAGACAUUUAAAAAGCUUGUCUUUCUUCACUACAUUUUCAUUUUUUUUAAAUAGCAUUAUUUAUUCUAGAAAAUUGGCUCCCAUACAGUCCACCGCGUUGGAUCCCUCGGCGUACUGCGAGACUCCGGUGUACAAUCCGGAUCUCUGCCCGAAUAUGUUAGCCGCUCAGGCUAAGUUAGUAUACCACCUGAACAAAUACUACAACGAGAAAUGCCUGUCUCGGAAAGCGGCGGUCUCCAAGACCAUCAGGGAGGUGUGCAAGGUGGUGUCCGACGUCCUGAAGGAGGUGGAGGUCCAGGAGCCCCGCUUCAUCAGCUCCUUGAACGAGAUGGAGAACCGCUACGAGGGUCUGGAGGUGGUUUCGCCCACCGAGUUCGAGGUGGUCCUCUACCUGAAUCAGAUGGGGGUUUUCAACUUCGUGGACGACGGCUCGCUGCCGGGCUGCGCCGUGCUCAAACUCAGCGACGGCCGCAAGAGAAGCAUGUCCCUGUGGGUGGAGUUCAUCACGGCGUCGGGAUACCUUUCCGCUCGCAAGAUCCGCUCCCGGUUCCAGACGCUGGUGGCGCAGGCGGUGGACAAGUGCAGCUACCGAGACGUGGUGAAAAUGGUGGCGGACACCAGCGAGGUGAAGCUGCGCAUCCGCGACAGGUACGUGGUCCAGAUCACCCCGGCGUUCAAGUGCACGGGGAUAUGGCCGAGGAGCGCGGCCCACUGGCCCAUGCCCCACGUUCCCUGGCCGGGACCCAACAGGGUGGCGGAGGUCAAAGCCGAGGGCUUCAACCUCUUGUCCAAGGAAUGCUACUCGCUGAACGGGAAGCAGAGCUCAGCGGAGAGCGACGCCUGGGUCCUACAGUUCGCCGAGGCCGAGAACCGGCUGAUCCUGGGCGGCUGCCGGAAGAAAUGCCUGUCCGUUCUCAAAGCGCUGAGGGACCGCCACCUCGAGCUGCCCGGGCAGCCGCUCAACAACUACCACAUGAAAACGCUGGUCUCGUACGAAUGCGAAAAACACCCACGGGAGUGCGACUGGGACGAGAGUUGUCUCGGGGACCGCCUGAAUGGGAUAUUGCUACAGCUUAUUUCGUGUUUGCAGUGCCGAAGGUGUCCGCACUAUUUCUUGCCCAGUUUAGACCUGUUCCAGGGGAAACCGAGCUCGGCACUCGAGAACGCCGCCAAACAGACUUGGCGAUUGGCAAGAGAAAUUCUUACCAACCCCAAGAGCUUGGAAAAACUAUGAGGCUCUCACGGAUGCAGACAGCCAAAAGAAAAUGGACGCUCUGGAUUGGACUUGCUGAUCAGUGGUGUCUUCAGUGCAAAAAAAGAAAAAAAAAAAAAAUGUAUUCCACCAUUGUUCAGACAUUUUCUUCACAAACAAAAUGUAAAGGGUCUCCCUUGUGCUUAUACUAUAGUCCUGCUUGACUUUACUCCUUUUAAGGUGUGAGGUCACAAAUAUGUGAUUAGAAUGUUCUUAACUGAACAUUCUAAUGCUGAUGUCACAAUUGCUGCUGGUAACUGAAAGCAAUGGAGUUCUACAACACUGACAUUCCAAAAACACACCCUUCAAAGGGUCAAUGAUCACAGCAUCUCAGAAUGCACAGGCAAUGAUCAGCAGGUGGUUGCAAUUGCUCUAUUUUUACAAUUUGCAAUUAAUCACACAAUGAAAGCAAGGCAAAUCUUGGCCUUUGCUAUUAAUUCUGUUAUUUAAUACAGUUUACUUGUAUUAUGGAGUUUGAACAGAUUAAU